UGUCUUACUUUCGCUUGGGAUGCUUACCUUUUGCUAGCCAUGGCGCUUUCUGUGCUUUGCCUGGCACUCGCCUGGGCGCAAGUUGCAGCAGAUGUGACCAUUGCCGUGGUUGGCGCCGUCAAUGUGGACAUCACCAUGCAGGUGAACCGCCUGCCGCGGCGCCACGAAACUCUGAUGGCCUCGAGCCCUGCGGUGCAGCUGGCGCUGGGAGGCAAGGGUGCCAACCAGGCGGUGGCAGCAGCGCGCCAGGGCGCGCGUGUGCGAUUCUUGGGCCGCUUCGGCAACGACAGCCAUGGGCCCUGGUUGCAGCAGGUGCUGAUUGAGAAUGGCGUGGACACCUCUGCCUGUGAGCAAUCUGCCUUGCCAUCAGGGCAGGGGAUGGUCAUGCUCGACGCAGACGGCGGGGCGUCUUCAGUGGUGGUGCCAGGUGCCAACAGCGAUUGGGGAUCCCUUCAACCUGGAGUUCUGCAAAGCAUGCUGCAAGGUGCUGCGGUGCUUCUGCUGCAGCGCGAGAUCCCAGAAGCCGUGAAUGUGGCGGCAGCCAAGGCGGCCAAAGUGCUGGGUAUCACGGUCAUGCAGGAUGUGGGCGGCGAGGACGGGCCACUCUCAGAGGAGCUGCUGGGAUUAGUAGACUUCAUCUCCCCAAAUGAGAACGAGCUGCACCGCCUGACCGGGCUUCCGACGGCGACCAGGAGUGAGGUGCUGGCGGCGGCUCGCUCGCUGAACUGCACAGUGCUGGUGACCCUCGGGGAGCGGGGGGCCCUGCUCAUCACGGAGGCCGAGGUCCUGGAUGCCCGGGCCUUCCAGGCGCAGGUGGUGGACGCCACCGCGGCCGGGGACGCCUUCCGGGCGGCCUUCGCGGUGGCGCUGUCCGAGGGCCAGUCGCUGCAAAGCGGCCUUCGCCUCGCUAGCGCUGCAGGGGCCAUUGCGGUGUCCCGCAGAGGUGCCGAGCCCAGCCUUCCGCGACGGCACGAGUGCGAGGCAUUGCUGCGCACUCCCCCGGAAGUUUUACCAGAGAAGCCUGCCUCGGCAUCCCUGGGCUUCGCGUCCCGCUUGAACUCCAUGCGAGAGAGGUUGGACCUCUGGGGCGGUGCCACGGACACUUUGGGGCUCGUGGCUCGCCAGGGUCGAGUUCGAGGCCUGGGCGCGGUGUACUUCAACUUCCCGCAGCACCUGGCGGGCCUUUCGCCCAGUGAGGUGCUCGCCGCGCUGGCGGCGGCGAACUUGAAGGCAGGAGGGAUCGCUUUGCGGUUCCCAGAGUCCAUGCGCCUGGGCGCCUUCACGAAUCCGGACGCCAAUGUGCGACGGCAAGCGGUGGACUUGACGAUCCAGGGCUGUGCUUGGGCAGAUGCGCUGGGAGCUGAAGAGGUGGUGGUUUGGCCGCAAUUCGAUGGCUAUGACUACCAGCUUCAGAUUGACUAUACCCACGCCUGGUCAACAACCGUGGCGUCCCUGCGAGAGGUGCUGGAUAGCGCGCCCUGCCGAAGCAAGAAGGUCUCCUACGAGUUCAAGCCCACGGACGCGGUGAGUCGCUUCUCUUUGGUGCCCAGCACCGGCGCAGCCCUGCUGCUGUUGCAGGAGGUGGACCGCGCCAACCUGGGGCUGACACUGGACGUGGGGCACUUGCUCAUGGCAGGGGAGAAUCCUGCCCAGAGCGUUGCCAUGGUAGGUGCUGCAGGCAAGCUAUUUGGCAUCCAUUUGAACGAUGGCCACUCCCGUUUGGGCGCUGAAGACGGUUUGAUCUUCGGGUCGGUGCACGGGAGAGCGGCUCUGGAGCUGGUCUUCUGGCUGCAGAAGACCCGAUAUGCCGGCAGCAUUUACUUCGACACCUUCCCGACCAAUGAGGACCCAGUGCGCGAGGCCGAGCUGAACAUCCGCCAGUUCCAAAAACUCGCCAAAGUAGCACAAACCUCUGGCCGCUCUAUUGACCCGCUGCUGCAGCAGCAUGACGCUCUCGGGGUCUUGGAGCUGAUGGAAGCGUAUGGCGACGUUCACAUCGUCAAGCGAUGCCGGGGCUACCUCUAUGCCAAGUUCGACUCUGAGACCGCGGCGCAAUUGGUGCUGCGGGCGGCGCGGCAGAAGCUGGCGGUGGCCGGACGGGAACUCUCCGUGGAAGUGGCCACAGCCAGGAAGAAGCACUGGCACUGCCAAAUUGAUGAAGCCUACCCGCCCCGGGUGCGGCGGCUGCAAGAUGGUGUCGUGCUGAUUCAGCACAUGCUUUCCAUGGCGAUGCAGUCGCGGGUCGUCCAGGAGGUUUUCGCUUUGGGUGCUUCGCCUCAAGGCUUCUACACUCCGCAGUUUGGCGAUCGGGAGAUGAAAUUGCGGACUUUUUGCCUUGGAAAACACUGGGACACGCAGAGCCAUGCUUAUGGAGCGUUGCGUUCGGACAUCGACCAUCGAGCUGUGCUGCCUUUACCGCCCUUUCUCUCCGCGUUGGCCCAGGGCGUGCUCUCCGAUUUGGAUCAGAAGUGCGGCGUGAAGAUGUUUCCGGAUCUGCAGCCAGACACGUGCAUCGUGAACCACUAUACCUCUGAGGGCUCUUUGGGGCUUCAUGCGGACCUCGACGAGAGCGAGUGCUCUUUGAUCGCCGGUGUGCCGGUGGUGUCCAUGUCCUUUGGCUGCAGCUGCCGCUUUUUGUAUGGCGAAGACGCUGUGCUGUUGAAGUCUGGGGACAUCUUCAUCUUUGGCGGCCCAGCACGGCGGCUGAGCCACGGAGUGGCCAAGAUCUUCCCCAACACCACGCCCAAGAAGCUGCAGGAGGUCCUGCCAGCUGGACGACUGAACUUGACCUUCCGGCAAUCCUGA